AUGUGUGAGGAGAAUCAGACACAAGUCACUCAGAUACGUCUACUUGGAUUCCGAAGUCUACACAAAUACAAGACUCUUCUAUUCAUUGGUCUUUUCCUGACUCAUGCAUUUAUCCUUGUUGGAAACCUUCUAAUCAUCUUUUUAGUGACCACUUUUGGCCACCUCAAAACCCCAAUGUUCAUCUUUCUGAAACACUUAUCUAUAACUGAUAUCUUAGGAACCACCAGCAUUGUGCCCAUGAUGUUGGGCAUCAUUUUUGUUGAGGAGGCAAUUUUGCCCCUUUGGUGCUGUGUUAUGCAGUUGUAUAUUUUUGGUAUAUUUGGAUUUGUUCCCUGUUUUCACAUUGCCGUCAUGUCAUAUGAUCGAUAUUUGGCCAUUUGCCAUCCAUUACGUUAUUCUUCAAUAAUGAGUCCAGAUCUUUGCCUCCAGCUCGUUAUCGAGUCAUGGUUUUUAGUCUUUGUGUUGGCAUCAAGUGAGUUCAUAUUUUUAAUCCAGUUUAACUUCUGUGGCUCAAAUUAUGUUGACCACUUCUUCUGUGACUUUGGCCCCAUAGUGGAAUUGGCCACUUCAGACACUUCCAUUUUCAUGUUACAAGACUUUGUUAUCUGUACUUUGGCACUACUUUUUCCAUUUACAUUUAUCAUUAUGACCUACAUUUUUAUUUUUUCCUCCAUCAUUAAAAUUUCUUCAACGUAUGGUAGAAGAAAAGCCUUCUCCACUUGUAGCUCCCACCUGACCACAGUGUGUGCACAUUAUGGAACACUAAUAAUAGUCUACAUGGCUCCAUCUGAUAAAAGCACAUCCAACACCAACAAAUACAGAUCUCUCUUGUACACAGUAGUGACACCAGUGAUGAAUCCCAUCAUCUACAGCCUGAGGAACCACAAGUUGAGGAGAGCUGUUCAGAAAACAAUGAGUUAUAUCUUUCAAAAUGGUUCGAAAAAAUGA